AUGAAUUUGUUGAAAACAGGCUCGAGAGGCAAACCCAACAACGUUUUGACAAGUACUGUCUCAACGAGAAUUGAUAACUUGAGGGCUUCUAGCUCGAAGAGAAAGGACAGUUCUAAGGAACCGUCAAAGGAUAAAAAGAAACAGAAGAAGCACGAUAAGCACGUGCCAGUAUAUACUAUUUAUACCGAGCUUAAUCAAACUCGGGAGAAUAUUUACCUCGCGCAUGAGCAAAAGGUUGCCUUCGAUAAGUCCCAGCCCAUGAAGCAUGCGAGGAAUAAACAAGAUCCUAACAGGUAUUGUAAAUUCCAUAAGGAUAUUGGGCACACGACCGACGAAUGUUGCCAGCUGAAGGAUGAGAUAGAAAGAGAGGACAUCUUGGUUAUUUCAGGAGGGCCACAUAUCACAGGGGAGAGCAAUAAUGCCCAAAAGAGAUAUGUGAAAGAGAUAAAGAAUGAGCAGUUGGCCUUCACCCCGAAACCUUCAAAGAAGGUGAAAACUGAAGAACCUCCAAUCAUAUUCACGGAGGAAGACAAGAAAAAUGUGAGAUAUCCUAACGUCGAUCCAUUGGUGAUUACCAUUCAACUCGCCAAUAAAAGGAUAAAGAAGGUGUUAAUAGACAACAGAAGCUCAAUAAACAUCCUUUAUAAGGAAAUGCUGAGGAAGAUGGGGCUCAAAAAAGCCAAAUUCAGGCCUUGUAUGGUAAAUCUUUGCAGCUUCACUGGAGACAGCAUUGCUAGUCUUGGCAUAAUCAUGCUCGCACUAACCUUGGGCAAGGCACCCCUAUCCGCCACUAUUAUGCAAGACAUCCUAGUUGUCGACCUGCCACUCGCUUACAACGUAUUGUUGGGUCAUCCAGCAUUGAUCGGACUAGGGGCAGUUAGUUCAAUCAAGCACGUAUCCUUGAAGUUCCAAACAUCAGAGGGUGUGGGAGUGGUGUGGGGCGACUAG